CCCCCUUAAAAAAAAAUUCUCUACCGGUUCCACGUUUGCCAUCCACCAGUGGCUGAAGAGCUGAACUAUGCCGUUAUCGUCUCUCACCCUCCGCCCUCUCCACCACCACCAGCCGCUCCUGCUCCCGCCAACUUCAAACCACCAGCCGCCGCCGCCGUCGCCGCCUCACUCCCGCCUCCUCCUCCUCCCGCCGCUCACACGCCGCCACGCCCUCGUCUCCCGGCCACGCGCCGCGGCUACCGACGGCAUGGCUGCUGCGGCCGCGGCGGCGUCGCCCCCCACGCUGCUCGAGCACAUGGGCCAGGCGGGCGCGGACGCAGACCUCGCCGUCCUCGUGGCGCACAUCCAGAGCGCGUGCAAGCGCAUCGCGGCCCUUGCGGCGUCCCCCGCCAACGCCGAGCUGUCGCGGGCGAAGGCGGGGGGCGGCGGGGCGGUGUCGGCCGGGCGGGACGCGCCCAAGCCGCUCGACGAAUUGUCGAAUGAGAUCAUCUUGUCAUCACUCCAACGUUCUGGAAAAGUUGCUGUGCUGGCGUCCGAAGAAAAUGAUCUUCCGAUUUGGAUAUCCAAUGACGGUCCAUAUGUUGUUGUUACCGAUCCGCUUGAUGGUUCUCGCAACAUUGAGGUCUCCAUCCCUACCGGAACAAUAUUUGGGGUAUACAAUAGGCUGGUGGAACUCGACCAUCUCCCUGUGGAGGAGAGAGCUCAGCUCAAUUCACUGCAAAGUGGAGCUCGCCUUGUCGCUGCAGGGUAUGUACUAUACUCAUCAGCCACUAUCUUGUGUAUCAGCUUCGGUGCAGGUACCCAUGCUUUCACGUUGGAUCAAUCGACUGGAGAAUUCAUUCUUACACAUCCUUCCAUCCAAAUACCCCCUAGAGGACAGAUAUAUUCGGUGAAUGACGCGCGGUAUUUUGACUGGCCCGAGGGCCUAAGGAAGUACAUUGACACAAUCAGACAAGGCAAAGGACAACAUCCGAAGAAGUACUCAGCUCGGUACGUGUGCUCACUGGUUGCUGAUUUCCACCGGACACUCAUAUAUGGUGGAGUUGCCAUGAACCCAAGGGAUCACCUGCGGUUGGUUUAUGAGGCGAAUCCUCUCAGUUUCCUUGCUGAGCAAGCUGGGGGUAGAGGGUCAGAUGGCAAGAACAGAAUUCUCUCGAUUCAGCCGGUGAAACUGCACCAGAGGUUGCCAUUGUUCUUGGGGAGCAUGGAGGACAUGCUUGAGUUGGAAAGCUAUGGAGAUGUCCAGCAAAAGGUUAAUCCUGGAUAUGAAGUUUAACGAUAUGUAAAAAGGUUCAGAUUGUCUGGUGUUGUAGCAUACAAUAAGGUAAAGCACGCAUGGCAAUCAUGUCUUUGCAUGACAAAUGCUUUCUCUCGUCUUUUUCUUUGCUGCCAAAAAACUGCUGUACUUCUCUGUGAAUGUGAGUUAUAUGAUUAUUAUUUUUGUGACA